GGGAUCGCUGGCUCCCAUUCAGCCCCAGGGCAGUGGAAUGGCUGGCUCCGAAGGGCAGGGAAUGGGGUGCCGAGGCCUUUCCUCUCUAGCUGUACCAGGCCUUAUGCCCCACCCCAAUAAAACCAGCUGGGAGGCCAGGGAGCGUGACCCCCCAACCAGUCAGUAAAACAACUCAGAGUGCCAACCAAGGAUCCAAACUCUUGGACCCUCAGUUUCCAUGGGGGCUUUUGUUUUCUCAUUGGCGUCUGAGUUUCACACCCAUUCCCGUGGCCUUGUCAUUGGUACCUAGGUGACGCCAUCCCUCCGUGCGUUGCCAUUGACACCUAGGUGACGCCAACCCUACAGGCAUUGACAUUGGCACCUGGGUGGCACCACCAUUCCCCACACAGCAGCCAUGUUGGCACCUGGGUGAUGCCACCCUCCGCCAUGCAACAUUGGUGCUGGCGCCUGGGUGACACUAUCCGUCCCCUGGCCUUGCCAUUAGGGCCAGGCAGUGACUCUGGUGCCAGAGCAAACCAGGGGUGCUCAUUGAUGGGAAUGCAGAAUAAUUGGGGGGGUGGGGGAGGGGCUACAUAUUGUUUUAGGUUGAGGUGACACUUGUGGGUUACGGUGAGGGUCCUGUUGGCCGCUCCGCCACCCAGUGUGGCUCCAUAAAGCCCCUCCACUAAGCCACGAGGCAGCUUGUGGAGCAGACUCGGCUGAAACGAGUUACUUUGCUGCCUUGUGAGCCAUUUCCGCGACUCUUGCGGUCGCAUAGCGGCGCGCAGCACUCUGGGAGAUGCAGAUGACGCCCGUGGCCGACGCCCCCGGCACCAAUUGGCUGGCGGGGCGCGUCAAUCAGGCCGGACGCCCAAUGGGAACGGCCGCGGCGGGGAGCGGCGGGGCACGUCGCUCUCCGCCCCGCCUCUCCGGCCACGCCCCCUGGGAGAAAAAGUUUCGGGCGGCCCCAGUGGCUGGAGGGGAAAAAAAAAAAAAAAAAAAAGAUGGCGGAAAAUUUAAAAGGCUGUGCCGUGUGCUGCAAGUCCUCAUGGUCCCAGCUGCAGGACCUGUGCCGGCUGGAGAGGGUUCGCUGCCCCUCACUGGGCAUCACCCGUAGGAACCUCAGUCACUUCGAGGUGGAGUUCCUGUGUGACUACAAGAGAGUGCGGGAGGAGGAGUUCUACCUGGUGAAAUGGCGCGGCUACCCAGAGUCGGAGAACACCUGGGAGCCGCGGAAGAACCUGCGCUGUGUGGGCCUGCUGAAGCAGUUCCACAAGGACCUGGAGCAGGCCUGGAUCCGGCGGGACGGCAAGCCCAAGAAAAACGCCCGCUGGCUGGACCAGGGCGUGGCAAACUACGUGGUGCAGAAAGCCAAGCAGCGGCGGGCUCUGUGGCGCUGGGAGCGCCAGCUGAACGCCAAGCGCAACCACAAGGGGCGCAUUGUGGUGGAGAAUGAGGUGGAUCUCGACGGGCCACCCCGGGACUUUGUCUACAUCAAUGAAUACAAGGUGGGCGAGGGCAUCUCCCUCACCCAGGUGGCGGUGGGCUGCGAGUGCCGUGACUGCCUGGCGGAGGCGGCUGGCGGCUGCUGCUGCCCCGGUGCCUCCCGCCACAAGUUUGCCUACAAUGAGCUGGGCCAGGUGCGCAUCCGGGCGGGGCUGCCCAUCUACGAGUGCAAUGCCCGCUGUCGCUGCGGGGCCGAGUGCUCCAAUCGCGUGGUGCAGCGGGGCAUCCACUAUGAUCUGUGCAUCUUCCGGACCGCCAACGGGCGUGGCUGGGGCGUGCGCACCCUGGAGAAGAUCCGCAAGAACAGCUUCGUCAUGGAGUAUGUGGGAGAGAUCAUCACAUCAGAAGAAGCCGAGCGACGAGGGCAGAUCUACGACCGCCAGGGUGCUACCUACCUCUUUGAUCUGGACUACGUGGAGGAUGUUUACACAGUGGAUGCUGCCUACUAUGGCAACAUCUCACACUUUGUAAAUCACAGCUGCGACCCCAACCUGCAGGUGUACAACGUGUUCAUCGACAACCUGGAUGAGCGGCUGCCGCGCAUCGCCCUCUUCGCCACGCGGCACAUCCGGGCUGGGGAGGAGCUCACCUUCGACUACAACAUGCAGGUGGACCCGGUGGACGCAGAGAGCACACGGAUGGACUCCAACCUGGGCCGGGCCGGCGGCCUGGCCGGCUCCCCCAAGAAGCGAGUGCGGAUCGAGUGUAAGUGCGGGGCCGAGUCCUGCCGGAAGUACCUCUUCUAGCCCCCGCGUGCCCUGC